GUAGUGUCUGUCAUCAUAUUUUUCUUCAGUUCCGUAUUUUCUCUUGUAUACUUUUGAUUUCUUUAUUUCUUCUACAACUACCGUUACCAUGGACGUGACACAGAUAGCCAACGGUGGAACAGUUCCUAUGCGAGACGCAGAUGCGAUCAAACUGUUCAUAGGGCAGGUCCCGAGAACGUGGGAUGCUAAAGAUCUCAGGCCCUAUUUCGAAAGCUAUGGACAAAUACACGAGCUCACGGUGUUACGAGACCGAAUAACUAAAAGUCAUAAAGGUUGUGCAUUUCUAACAUUUUGCUCCCGCGAAGCUGCUUUGAGCGCUCAAAAGGACUUACACGAGAAGAAAACUUUACCCGGGAUGCAAAAUGCAAUGCAAGUUAAACCAGCAGAAAGUGAAUCUAGAUCUGAGGAUCGUAAACUUUUUAUUGGUAUGAUAUCUAAAAAAGCCACAGAGGAUGACCUUCGAAUGAUGUUUUCUCCUUUUGGUACAAUAGAGGAACUGACAAUUUUAAGAGAUAGUGAUGGAAAGAGUAAAGGUUGUGCUUUCUUAAAGUUUCCAACCAGAAUGCAAGCUCAAAAUGCUAUUGCAGAGAUGCACAACAGUACUACUAUGGAGGGUUGUCCAUCACCAAUAGUUGUUAAGUUUGCUGACACAGAAAAAGAAAAACUUCAGAAGAAAAUGCAGCAGAUGGUUGCACUUCAUGGUAUGGGCAUGAACCUUGGGAUGGGAAUUGGAAUGGGACUUCCUUAUUUCCAGCAUGCAAAUUAUAAUGCAGCAUGUCAGCAGUUUCUUCAACAGCAGGCUGCCACCUUACCAUCAGGGACACUACCAACUGGCUUCAAUGUCAUUCCUGGUGUCACUGGACCAGGUGUGGCUCCUGGGACCAUGGGUGCCCUUGUAGCUGCCUCAGUCAUUGCUGCACAACAACAACAGCAUCAAGCAGUUCAACAGACAGCAACAUCACAAAAUAACAUAAUAGGAGGCACAGGAGGUUUAGUGAACAGUAAUGCUGUGUCUACAGGUGGUGCUACAAAUACCUCUUCAAUGAUAGGAGUACAAGGUGUUCCAGGAGUCACUGGCAUUGGUAUGAACAUGCCUGGAAUGGGUGUAGGAAAUCUUGGUACUAUGGGAGCUGCUGGUGCUCUCAGUAUGGCUGGAAUUCCUGGCCUUGGUAACAUGACUGGUGUCUCAAGUGUUGGUGGUAACAUUCAGACUGGAGAUGCACUCACUCAAGCAUACUCUGGAAUACAACAGUAUAAUGCACAAUUUCCUGGUGUUUAUGGUCAAACUAUAUUCCAACAGCAACAACUCCAAAGACAACCCCAAAAGGAAGGUCCUGAGGGAGCAAAUUUAUUUAUUUAUCACUUGCCUCAAGAGUUUACUGAUGCUGACCUCAUGCAGACAUUUAUGCCAUUUGGCAAUGUAUUAAGUGCUAAAGUGUUUAUAGAUAAAAGCACAAACCUAAGCAAAUGCUUUGGCUUUGUCAGUUAUGAUAACCCAGUCUCUGCUCAGAAUGCCAUUACAUCCAUGAAUGGUUUUCAGAUAGGGACAAAGAGACUCAAAGUUCAGCUUAAAAGACCAAAAGAUGCAAAUAGACCCUACUAACCCCUGAUCACGUGACUGUGUACGUUUGUUCUUCGUCUUGGCGGUGACCUUUGCGCAUGUGCUUUUUGUGUACCACAGUUGGUGACGUCACUUGUGACGUUUAUAUAUCGUCACUGUUGGUGUUGGGAUUCAGUAAUACGUCACUGUGAAGCAGUUAAACGUCGUUGUUGAAUACGUAAAAUCGGUGCAUGUUAGUUAAGCGGUUUUGUUAACUAGUUUCCAGUCCAGUUGUGGCGUUAUUUGUCAUGUGACUUUUCAUAUUUUGUCAGGCGAGCUCACUGUUUACUAUUUAUAGAGCGCGUUUCGUGUUAAUGGUUAAUGUUAUCGUCCAACUAUGGGCUCUAGUGUGUUAUCAGUGGUUGUGCAGGUUUUAUAAAAGCCUUGUAUUGUCAGUGAGGUAUAGAUGGCGUUUGUACGAGCCUGACUUUUAAAUAAUAAAAGAAAUUCACCUUUAGAA